AUGUUCUCCAAGAAGCCGCAUGGGGAUGUGCGGAAAUCCACGCAGAAGGUGCUGGACACCCGCAAGGACCCGCUCACCCGCCUCAAGCACCUGCGCGUCCUCAUCGAGAAUGCAGAGUCCAUUGAUCUUAAACAGUUUUUUGACCUACACUUUUCACCUAUAUAUUAUGUGUUCUUUGAAAAUUUUGUGACUAUUGAAGUAGGUCUCAAACAAAAAGGUCACAAGUCUCAGAGGGAAGAAUUAGAUGCUAUACUUUUUAUUUUUGAGAAAAUUUUACAACUUCUUCCAGAAAGGAUUCACCAGAGGUGGCAGUUUCAUAGUAUUGGCUUGAUUUUAAAGAAACUCCUUCACACCGGAAAUUCCUUAAAGAUCCGUCGAGAAGGUGUGCGUCUCUUCCUCUUGUGGUUGCAAGCACUUCAGAAUAACUGUAGUAAAGAACAGCUAUGUAUGUUUUCUUGCUUAAUUCCUGGAUUUUCAUCACCACAAUCUGAGUAUGGACCUCGAACACUAGAUAAUCUCAUUAACCCUCCACUUAAUGUUCAAGAAACGCAAGUGACUGUAGAGGAAAUUACUCCACUUGUCCCUCCACAAUCAGGAGAUAAAGGACAAGAAGAUCUUACAAGCUACUUUCUAGAAGCACUUUUGAAAUACAUAGUAAUUCAGGUUAAGAGUUUAGAAUGGAAGAACAAGGAAAACCAAGAAAAGGGAUUUUCAUUCUUGUUUUCAUAUUUUAAAAAAUAUUACUUGCCUUAUAUUUUUCCAAACAUCUGUAAGGAGACCAGUUUGUAUAACCCUGUACUUGAGAUACCACAAAUGAGACCAAAGCCGCACUAUGUAAUGGUAAAGAAAGAUGCUGAAACCAAUGAAGCGAUAUAUUGCACAAAGGAACCUUUCCUUAAGGCUCGUGUUAUUGUCAUUCGAUGGCUGGUGUCUUUCUGGCUUGACCCAAAACCUCAUACAGGACCUCAUAUUCCUGGGAUGGAAGGUGGUGAAAUUGUGCCAAAGAAUAUUCAGAGAGCAGCUGCUAGCAUGGCUUCUAGAGAAGACAGUAGAAACGACAGUGCUGAUAGACCGGAUCGAAAUGCAGAGCCAGAACAAUCUCAUUCUAAUACAAGCACCCUAACAGAGAGAGAACCAAGUUCCUCCAGCCUUUGUAGUAUUGAUGAAGAGCAUCUAACUGAUAUUGAAAUAGUCCGCAAAGUCUUUUCUUCUAAAAGAAGUAAUGUAAACUUUCUUACAGAGAUAUUUCGACAGGCAUUUUUGUUGCCAAUUUGUGAAGCAGCUGCUAUGAGGAAAGUGGUGAAGGUUUACCAAGAAUGGAUCCAACAGGAAGAUAAGCCUUUAUUUAUGAAAGAACCUGAAGAAAUAUUGACAUCUGUAAAUAUAGAUGGUGAUGAAAAUGUUGCAGAACAUAAUUCAGCAGAGAAGGGAAAAGAGAGAGAUGAGGAAAAAAUGACAAACUCUGGUCAUGUUCAAAAUUCAAGUUGGACAAGAAAUGGCUGCCACCAAGAUGCUUCCCAUAAAAUAUCGGAAAUAGAUAUUGCUGAGCAAAAUAUACGAGCCGGAGUACAAUCAGUGUUACAGGUUUUUAUAAUAAACUCUUCAAAUAUAUUUCUUCUUGAGCCUUCAAAUGAAAUUAAAACUCUUUUGGAUGAGCACACUGAUAUGUGUAAACGCAUUCUUAAUAUCUACCGUCACAUGGUGGUGCAAGUAACAAUGGACAAGAAGACUUGGGAGCAGAUGUUACUUGUGCUGCUCAGGGUCACAGAAUCUGUGCUGAAGAUGCCAUCCCAGGCUUUCCUGCAGUAUCAAGGAAGAAAGAACUCCACUUUAGCAGGAAGACUUGCAGGACCUCUUUUUCAGACUCUUAUAGUAGCCUGGAUCAAAGCAAAUCUAAACGUGUACAUCUCUCGAGAGCUUUGGGAUGAUUUGCUGUCUGUAAUGUCAUCACUGACAUAUUGGGAAGAGCUGGCCACUGAGUGGUCACUGACUAUGGAGACGCUAACAAAAGUAUUAGCUAGAAACCUAUACAGCCUGGACCUCAGUGACUUACCACUGGAUAAAUUGAGUGAGCAGAAACAGAAAAAGCACAAAGGCAAAGGAGUUGGGCAUGAGUUCCAAAAAUCAUCGGUUGAUAAGUCCUUUUCUAGAGGUUGGAGCCGUGAUCAGCCUGGACAGGCACCAAUGAGACAGCGCAGUGCUACAACGACUGGAUCUCCAGGGACAGAAAAGGCAAGAAGCAUAGUACGGCAGAAAACAGUUGACAUUGAUGAUACUCAAAUUCUUCCACGUCCAUCUCGAGUCAGACAUUUUUCACAGAGCGAGGACACGCCAAGUGAAGUUUUUGGUGCACUGAAUGAGGAACAGCCACUGCCAAGAAGCAGCAGCACAUCUGACAUCCUGGAACCAUUCACAGUUGAACGAGCCAAAGGUGCAGUUCCUGUCAUUGACAGUUCAUCCCAUCAUGCGCCAAGCUUACAGAGUUCCACUGAGACCUCUUCAAUAUAUAGAUCCACUGAAAGUCAUAUUACUGAUACGAAUAGCAGAGAGUCCUCCUUGGAAGUUGGGGAUAGUAUUUAUGACCAUCUCUGUCAUUUGAUAGGGCCAGUAGAUCUUGCAAAUACAUCCUUUGAACAAAGCCAGUAUGUUGACCUUGAAGGUGAAGAUGAUCUUCUUUCCUCUCUGAGAGAAUAUCUUAAGGAAAAAGAAGAACCUUGCAGUCACUAUGAGAUAGAUAAAUUUGAGGCUUCUCCUCCUGAAGUCGAUACAACAGAAAAUAGAAAUGAUAGUUCACCACUGGAUGAAUUAGAGUAUAGAGAUCAGACUGUUAAAUAUGCAAGUAGCAACACUGUUGCCGAAAGAGCUGAACAUGUAGAACAAAACGAAAGUGGCUUUAUAAGUAAUAUUGCACCUACCCAGCUAGACAGUUUUACAAGAAAUCAAGCGAUCGAUAAAGCCAAACAAUUAAAUAUUGAUAAACAAAAUGAAAGCUUAUUUGAGCAUGGGUCAAGUAGCCCUGAUAACAAAGAAAGGAAGAGAUACCUGUACAGACAAACAGCCACUGAAGUUGAUGUAGAUGUAGCUGUGGAAGUAGCUUUAGCUGAAAAGCCUAGAAGUGCCCAGUUUAAUGAAAAAAUAACCUACACACGUGUUAUGCAUGCAAAGAAAGUUCUACCUAAAGCACCAUUUAACCCUGAAAUGCCUCACGCUACAGGCAAACUUUUACCAACUAAAAGGAGUAUAUCUGAAACAGUAACCCAUAAGGCCAAAAUCAUGAAAAUAACUGCUAAGAAACGAAAUAGUGUUCAUGUUACUUUUAGACCAUCUACUGAGUCUGUUCAAUUUUAUAACCCUUUAGAAAACAAAGAGGCCCCCUGGAGGGCAAGACUUCGUAAACUCAGUGGCUUCAGUAGUGGUAGCGGUAGUAGCAACACAAGCACCAGCUCAUCUGCUGUCUUGGAGCUAGUCAGACCAGGAGUAUAUAGACCUCUAGAUGCAGCCAAUGCAGCUUCAGUUAGUAGUAAACAGACUAAGGAAUCCACAGAAGCUCAAACACCCAUUUUGCAGAAAGAAGGUAUUGCAGCUAAUCAGUUGCAUAAUCGUAGUGCACCUAGGUCAUCAGGUCAGGAGUCAGGACCACAGCAGGGCUCCCUGGGUGGUGUUUAUAAAACUGUUGUACAUGCUCUUUCGAAGCCGAAGGCAAAUGUUUCCCCACAGAGGCAGAACAGAAUACCAGCAGAGGCUCCACUGAGGGAUCUGUACAGUCAUGUAAUGGGCUAUUUUGGAAGGAAAGCUGCAGUCAAUAGAGAGGACAUGAGUCAAAAGCUGCACCCUCUUGCUAGCGAUAUUGGCAGUAGCAAUACAAAUGUUCCUGACCUCAUGGAUGAGUUUAUAGCUGAGAGACUCCGCAGUGGUAGUGCAUUGAAUGUAACAAGAAGAGGAAGCAGUCCUGGCAGCCUGGAAGUUCCAAAAGACCUUCCUGAUAUAUUGAACAAGCAGAGCCAAAUGCGCCCUAUAGAUGAUCCAGGUGUGCCUUCUGAAUGGACGUCUCCUGCCAGUGCAGGAAGCAGUGACCUGAUCAGUUCAGAUAGCCAUUCUGACUCAUUCAGUGCUUUCCAGUAUGAUGGCCACAAAUUUGAAAAUUUCAGUUUUGGCACUGAUGCUGGGACACCAGCUUCCACUGAGAUGGAUGCAAUUUCAGGACAUCAGCAGAGUGCCGAGGAACAGGAAGUGACUAGUCUAACUACACUCCACAUUGAUUCUGAAACAAGCAGUCUUAACCAGCAACCAUUGUCUGCUGAAGCUGCAACUAUUACUGGCUCUGAAAGUGCUUCUCCAAUCCAAUCUGCUCUUGGAUCCCGAUCACAGACACCUUCUCCUGCCACUCUGAAUGCAGAUCAUAUUGAGCAGAAGGAUCUGCAGCUGGAUGAGAAGCUCCACCACUCAGUUUUACAGACGCCAGAUGACCUAGAAACUAGUGAAUUCCCAUCAGAAUGUUGCAGUGUGAUGGCAGGGGGCACCCUUACAGGAUGGCAUGCGGAUGUUGCUACUGUAAUGUGGAGACGAAUGCUAGGGAUUUUGGGAGAUGUCAACACCAUUAUGGACCCUGAAAUUCAUGCGCAAGUUUUUGAUUACUUGUGUGAACUCUGGCAGAACCUGGCUAAGAUAAGAGAUAAUCUUGGUAUUUCAGCUGAUAAUUUGACUUCACCAUCUCCACCAGUUUUAAUCCCACCACUGAGAAUUCUAACUCCAUGGCUUUUCAAGGCAACCAUGUUGACUGAUAAAUACAAACAAGGCAAGCUACAUGCUUAUAAGCUUAUUUGUAAUACAAUGAAGCGAAGACAAGAUGUUUCUCCAAAUAGGGAUUUUUUAACUCAUUUCUACAAUAUAAUGCACUGUGGACUUCUUCAUGUUGAUCAGGAUAUUGUUAAUACAAUCAUCAAGCACUGCUCUCCUCAAUUCUUUUCACUUGGUUUGCCUGGUGCUACCAUGCUUAUUAUGGAUUUCAUUAUAGCAGCUGGUAGAGUGGCUUCUUCCUCUUUUCUCAAUGCACCAAGAGUAGAAGCACAAGUUCUGUUGGGAUCUCUUGUCUGCUUUCCUAACUUAUAUUGUGAAUUGCCAGCUCUACACCCAAACACUCCUGACAUAGUUGUGUCUCAUUUCACAGAUGUUAAGGAACUCACAAUCAAAACUGUAUUAAGUUCUGCGAGAGAGGAGCCAUCUGGUCCUGCACGAUGUGUUGCUCUUUGCAGCCUUGGCAUUUGGAUCUGUGAGGAACUGGUUCAUGAAUCACAUCAUCCUCAGAUAAAGGAAGCCCUGAAUGUGAUUUGUGUCUCUUUGAAGUUUCCAAAUAAAACAGUUGCACAUGUUGCCUGCAAUAUGCUUAACAUGCUGAUUCAUUAUGUAUAUAGGCUUCAAAUAUACCAAGCUGAUUCACCUUUAAAAAUUAUUCAGAUCCUGAUAGCAACUAUUACGCAUCUUCUACCCAAUACAGAAGCUUCUUCUUAUGAACAGGACAAAAGGUUGGUGGUUUCUUUACUUCUCUGUUUAUUGGACUGGAUAAUGGCCUUGCCUUUAAAGACCUUACUGCAACCUCUUCACACCACAGGAGCUGAAAAUAAGACCGAACAAUCUGUUCUUAAUUGUGUAUAUAAGGUUCUGCAUGGAUGUGUCUAUGGAGCUCAGUGUUUCAGCAACCCAAACUAUUUCCCUUUAAGCCUUUCUGAUCUGGCAUCUGUGGAUUAUGAUCCUUUUAUGCAUUUAGAAAGCCUGAAAGAACCAGAACCACUACAUUCCCCUGACUCAGAGCGAUCUUCUAAGCUCCAGCCAGUCACAGAAGUGAAAACUCACAUGCAACAAGGCUUAAUCUCUGUUGCUGCUCGUACUGUGAUAACACAUCUGGUGAACCACUUAGGCCACUAUCCGAUGAGUGGAGGCCCUGCUAUGCUAACCAGUCAAGUUUGUGAGAACAAUGACAAUCCUUACAGUGAAAGUCCUGAGCUUUCUCCUGAACUUUUUGAGAGCCCAAACCUCCAGUUCUUUGUGUUAAACAACACUACUUUAGUCUCUUGUAUACAAAUCCAAGCAGAAGAGAAUAUGCCUGGAGGAGGAUUGUCUGCUGGACUUGCAUCUGCUAAUUCAAAUGUCAGAAUUAUAGUGCGUGAUCUGUCUGGUAAAUACUCAUGGGAUUCUGCCAUUUUGUAUGGGCCAUCAUCUUUAUGUGGAUUAUCAGAACAUACUUUUUUGGCGCUUUCUGUAUUUCAGCAAGAGAAACCUGAAGAUGCCCCAUCCUCUGAGCAUGUAGAGGAUGUAUCUGUAAGGGAUGGAAUUGCACUUCAGGUAAAAAGGAAAUUUAGAGAAACUGUGCCAACGUGGGAUACAAUUAGGGAAGAAGAAGAUGCUCUUGAUGAACUGUUACAUUAUUUAGGUGUCACUAGUCCUGAAUGCUUACAGAGAGCAGGCGUCUCACUGAACAUACCUGCUCCUCAACCUAUCUGCAUCUCUGAGAAACAGGAAAAUGAUGUCAUCAAUGCUAUCCUUAAACAACACACAGAAGAGAGAGAAUUUGUUGAAAAACACUUCAGUGACUUAAAUAUGAAGGCUGUGGAACAGGAUGAGCCAACUCCACAAAAGCCCCAGUCGGCAUUUUACUAUUGCAGAUUACUUCUCAGUAUAUUGGGAAUGAAUUCAUGGGAUAAAAGAAGGAGCUUUCAUCUCCUGAAAAAAAAUGAAAAGUUACUUCGAGAACUUAGAAAUUUGGACUCAAGACAAUGCCGAGAGACACACAAGAUUGCAGUAUUUUAUGUUGCUGAGGGACAAGAAGAUAAACACUCCAUCCUCACUAACACUGGAGGAAGCCAAGCCUAUGAGGAUUUUGUAGCAGGCCUUGGUUGGGAGGUGAAUCUCACAAACCAUUGUGGUUUUAUGGGAGGAUUGCAAAAAAACAAAAGCACUGGAUUGACCACUCCAUAUUUUGCUACCUCUACAGUGGAAGUAAUGUUUCAUGUGUCAACAAGAAUGCCUUCUGAUUCAGAUGACUCUUUAACAAAAAAGCUAAGACAUUUAGGAAAUGACGAAGUGCACAUUGUCUGGUCAGAGCAUACUCGAGACUACAGGAGAGGAAUAAUUCCUACAGAAUUCGGUGAUGUUCUUAUUGUUAUCUAUCCAAUGAAAAAUCACAUGUUCAGUAUCCAGAUCAUGAAAAAACCAGAGGUUCCAUUCUUUGGUCCACUCUUCGAUGGCGCUAUUGUUAAUGGAAAAAUUCUUCCUAUUAUGGUUCGUGCAACAGCUAUAAAUGCAAGCCGAGCGCUGAAAUCACUGAUUCCAUUAUACCAAAACUUCUAUGAAGAGAGAGCUCGAUAUCUGCAAACCAUUGUUCAACACCAUCUAGAGCCCACAACUUUUGAGGACUUUGCUGCUCAGGUUUUCUGUCCAGCACCCUAUCAACAUUUGCCCUCUGAUUCAGAUCAUUAAAUAUCAGUUCUGUUUAUCUGAAGAUUUCCUUGCUGUGAGUGAGGAAGACUGGACUAACAAGCUUGGUGUCCUCUGCAGGCUCCUGCCCAGAGACCCAGCCAGGCGAAACUCCAGCAGCAGUGCAGGUGGAUGGGACCGAUUUAGCUUCUCCAAUGUCUCCUCGGACUAGCAAGAGCCGAAUGUCCAUGAAACUUCGCCGCUCCUCUGGCUCAGCCAACAAGUCCUAAACAUUGAGAAACCUGCAGCUUCCUAAUAAACAGUGAUCAGCAACCCCCUAGUGCACUGACUCUCUGCUUUCAGUUAAAAGAAAAUGUUCCUGAUAUGUGUCUCUCCCAUAGCCAGCGCAGCCUUUUCCUGUACAUUUAUUUUAGACAGCGACACUGGAAUUUUAUUUGUAAUUUAAUAUUUUAGCUUUUGUUGUGGUUUUUUUUUUUUAUAAAACUCCAGGCUGCCAUAUUAUUUUCAGUGUAGUUUCUUCUCUGCACUUUUUACCUUCCAGGAUGAUGAUGUCUAAAGUAGCCACUUUUAACCCUGUUGUUAACCUGAAGGCACACACGGAAUUGGAGACUGCAGUCUUAUUACAUUUUAUUUAUUGUGCCCCCAUUGCAAUUUUCUUUGUAACAGAAAUAAAUAAAUAUGUACAAUUUGAAAAUGAAUGUACAAUUUUAAAUUCCAAAUGCAUUUGUAACGUCCUCAUCAAAUGUCACAGAUAUUGUUCAUGCACAGGAUGUGUACAGAUUAUUUAUGUUAUAAGAAUAAAAUACUUAAAAUAAAUGGUCUUUUAGCAUUUCAGAGUUCAAAUGAGAGAAUUUGCUAGCAGCACCAACUCCUUCACUAUGUAAUGUAUCAUUUCAUAACUGUGCAGGUGAUGCCAUAACCUAUGCCCAAAUACCAGAAAAAAUCACUGUGCUGAAAUUCUAUUUAUGCUUGGCUUCCAAAUAUUUUUAUAAUGUUUGCUUUCUAAGUUGUAUCAAUAGUAAAUUCUAUUCUGUUCUGAAGCUGUGGCCUUUAUCAUCAGGCUGCUGGGUCUAGAUCUAUAUUGCUCUUUCUUACAUAAAAGCACUUUUCUGAUGUAAAUUCAUUGCUACAGUGAUGUGUACUUUUGAAGAAAAGGGAACAUGCUCCAGAAGUCUGACCUGAAAUACUGGGUUUUUUUUCUAACCAUAUAGGUGUAGAUUAGUACACAUUCCACCCACCAAGAGAUAUUUUCCUACAGGCGAUGAAAUGCUCACAUUUGUUUUGAGUUGGGCAUAUUCUGUUAUAAUGAAAUGUAGCAUGGCAUUGGUACUAACUGCAUGUGUAAAUAUAUCAUAAGGCAACAAUAGAAAUAUAAAUUAUGUAUUGUCAUUCAUGUAGUAUCUACAAAUUUGUAAUGGUUAAAGAGAAGACAUGCUAUUUAAUAAUACAAUAAAAUUA